AUGAUUCGUGAUCAAGUAAAAAAAGUUCACAAGAAAUUUAAGAAGAAUGACAAUAAAUCAGAAGCAGAUGAACAAUUGAUCUAUAUUCUCAAAUACCUAAUAAAAUGGUUUAGGAAAAACUUCAAACAUGAUUCUAAUGGAUUACGAGUGUUGGGAUAUUCUACUGAUGCCAAACGAUUCCCUAAUAACGCCAAACCCAUUGGAAAUGAAAAUGAACUAAUAAACGUCAUUAAAAAAUUUCAACACAAUAGAGAUACAGGUGCACAAUUAUUUACGGCUUUAUUAAGAAGUUUAGGGUUUGAAAGUCGAUUGGUGUUUUCACUUCCUUUGUUAUCACCAAGAUCAACUACUCCACAACCAAAGCCCAACCUCGAGAUUCUCAAAGUUAACAAAGAUAAUGAUUUAAUAUACCCGUAUUAUUGGACUGAGUUAGUAAACCCCUUAGAUCCAUCGGAAAUAAUAAUAUUGGAGACACAAUGUUUUUAUGAAGAGGAGAAACGACUUUUACGAAUAACACGCUAUGGUGGGUCUUUGAAUCAAUCCUAUACAGAUCAAUUUUAUCCUAUCCAUAACCAAUUUUGUCAAAUGUCUAUGCACUAUGUUUUGAGUUUCACUAAUAAUGGGUUGAUUCUUGAUGUAAGUUCAAGAUAUAUGAAGGAUAUUUCAUACCGUUGGUUUAAUAGAUUGGACUUACGUACCGAUUUAGGGAAAUCAGCAUUGCUAUUUCAAUCAAUGUUACGAAUAUUAAAUAAAGAUAAGUAUUAUUCAAGUGAUGAUAAUAAGGAGUUGGAUCAACUCAGAGAUAUGGCAAUGAAUAAUUAUACAAUUCCAAGUACCUUCUCUGCUAUGAAGAGUAGUCCAAAUUUUAUAACACCUUCAACGCUUCGGUAUAAUGAAGUUAUUAUUUCAGGAACCACCCCUGUUAAGAAAGUUAGACUCAGGGAUAAGAAAGAGCCUGUUUAUUUCAAGAACAGUAUACUUUAUGGGAAAUCUGAACAACAAUGGAAAUUUCUUGGUCGAUCAAUCAAACCAACUGCCCAUCCAAUAAAAUAUGCCAAGGCUACUCCUAGGACAAUAUAUAACAAGAGAAUAUUCAAUCAGAAUGAAAUUGAGAAUUCGGGAUUGAAUCAGGUUCCGCUAUUUAGUUUUGAUCAAACUUGUCCUUAUAUUAAAAUGAAAGUAACUAAAAUUGAUGGAAAACAGGUUCUCCCAAGAAAUAAAUAUGGCAACAUUGAAAUAUUCCGUGAUAACAUGAUACCUGAUGAUUGUGUAUGGCUAAAGUUGACGGAUAUUGAAAAUAUACUUAAAAAUAGAGCUCAGUUUGUUUCCGUGGUAACUGGUUUUUCAUUCAAAUCUGGUCAGGCAUAUCCAGUUAAACAAGGAGUUGUGAUUCUUAAAGAAGAUGAGCUUUGGAUCAAAAAGCUUUGGCUUACUGAAAGAAUUAAACAGUAUCAGCAACAAUUGGCAAGAAGAAACAUAAAAUUAUUAUACACUUGGAAGUUUUUCCUUAAACAUUUGGAAAUUAAGAAACGUCUAGAUAGCUAUUUAUAA